CCGCGCCCCGCUCCGCUCCGCGCCCCGCUCCGCUCCGCUGCCAGGGGGCGGCGGGUCCGCGCAGCACCCGCGGAGGGCGAGAGGGAGGGAGGAAAGGAGGCAGGGAGGCGAUGCCCCGCCCGGCUCCGCCGCCGCUCCGCCGCUCUGCCCCCCCCGCCGCCGCCGCCGCCCGGGCGCCGCCCGCCCCCCGCCGCCGCUGAGCCUGGCCCGCCGCCGCGGCCUCCCCCGGCGGCGCCGCCCGCCCCGGGCUGCCGCAGCGCCGCGAUGGAGACGGCGGAGAAGGAGUGCGGAGCCCUCGGCGGCCUCUUCCAAGCCAUCAUCAACGACAUGAAGAGCUCCUACCCCAUAUGGGAGGAUUUCAACUCGAAGGCCACUAAGCUGCACUCCCAGCUCAGGACCACGGUGCUGGCCGCAGUUGCCUUCCUGGAUGCCUUCCAGAAAGUGGCCGACAUGGCCACCAACACCCGAGGUGCCACAAGGGACAUUGGCUCGGCGCUGACCCGGAUGUGCAUGCGGCACCGCAGCAUCGAGGCCAAGCUCCGGCAGUUCACCAACGCCCUCAUGGAGAGCCUGAUAAACCCUUUGCAGGACAGGAUUGAGGACUGGAAGAAAACUGCCAACCAGUUGGACAAGGACCAUGCGAAAGAGUACAAGCGAGCACGCCAUGAGAUCAAGAAGAAGUCCUCUGACACCCUCAAGCUCCAGAAAAAGGCUCGCAAAGAGCUACUUGGGAAGGGGGACCUGCAGCCCCAGCUGGACAAUGCACUGCAGGACGUCAAUGACAUGUACCUGCUGCUGGAGGAGACGGAGAAGCAGGCGGUCCGCAAAGCCCUCAUCGAGGAGCGGGGCCGUUUCUGCACCUUCAUCACCUUCCUGCAGCCCGUGGUGAAUGGGGAGCUCACCAUGCUGGGAGAGAUCACCCACCUGCAGGGCAUCAUUGAGGACCUGGUGGUGCUCACCGCUGAGCCCCACAAGUUGCCCCCCGCUAGUGAGCAGGUGAUCAAGGAUCUGAAGGGCUCUGACUACAGCUGGUCCUACCAGACGCCUCCGUCCUCGCCCAGCAGCUCCAGCUCCCGCAAGUCCAGCAUGUGCAGCAGCGUUAGCAGUGCCAAGGGUGGCAUGGCGUGGCCCGGCGGGGCUCAGACCUGCUCACCCAGUUCCACCUAUCGCUACCGCAGCCUGGCGCAGCCCCCCGCCGCCGCCACCCGCCUCUCCAGCGUCUCCUCCCACGACUCCGGCUUCAUCUCCCAGGACGCCGCUUAUUCCAAACCACCUUCCCCCAUGCCCUCGGACAUCACUAGCCAGCAGAAGUCCUCCAGCUCGGCGUCCUCAGAGGCAUCCGAAACCUGCCAGUCAGUUAGCGAGUGCAGCUCCCCCACCUCGGACUGGUCCAAGGCCAGCCCCUAUGACCAGCCGGUGGUGCCUACCCUGCAGCGGCGCAAGGACCGCGUGGAGCACCUGCGGGAAUCCGAGAUGGGCUCUCCUGCUGGAGGGUACCCGGGCAUCGGUGGCGAGGAUGCUCCCAGGCCCCGGAUGUCGCCAGCUACAAUCGCUGCCAAGCAUGGGGAGGAGGUGUCCCCUGCCGCCAGUGACCUGGCCAUGGUCUUGACCCGUGGGCUGAGCUUGGAGCACCAGAAGAGCAGCCGGGACUCAUUGCAGUACUCCAGUGGCUACAGCACGCAGACCACCACCCCCUCCUGCUCUGAGGACACCAUCCCUUCCCAAGGCUCCGACUAUGACUGCUACUCGGUGAACGGUGACGUGGAGUGCGACCCCCAGAGUGAUUUCGACAAGUCCUCCACCAUCCCACGCAACAGCAACAUCGCCCAGAACUACCGGCGGAUGAUCCAGACCAAGCGUCCUGCCUCCACCGCCGGGCUGCCCACCGGCACCAACCUACCGGCCGGCACCACCCCGGGGGUGGCCACCAUCCGCCGCACGCCCUCCACCAAGCCCUCGGUCCGCCGUACGCUCUCCAAUGCUGGCCCCAUCCCCAUCCGACCCCCCAUCGUCCCCGUGAAGACCCCCACAGUGCCCGACUCCCCUGGCUAUGCCGGCCCUACGCGGGUGGGCAGUGAAGAGUGCGUCUUCUAUGCUGAUGAUGCCUCUCCGAACCCCCUGGAUUUUGCCAAAGCUUCGCCCAAGCGGCUGAGCCUUCCCAACACUGCCUGGGGUGGCGGUGCCAUGGAGAUCUCUGUCUACCCCGGGGCCGGCCAGCACCUCUCCGCUGAGGAAGAGGAGGACCAACAGUUGGCUGCCAACCGGCACAGUUUGGUGGAGAAGAUUGGGGAGCUGGUGGCCGGCGCCCAUGCCCUGGGGGAAGGCCAGUUCCCCUUCCCCACCGCCCUCGUGGGGUCCGGCCCCAGCGAGGAGACCCCCGCGCCGCCCCCCGCGGCCUCCAUGGACCCCCCGGCCGAAGACAUGCUGGUGGCCAUCCGGCGUGGGGUGCGCCUGCGCAGGACCGUCACCAAUGACAGGUCGGCCCCGCGGAUAUCGUGAUGAUGCCCCGGCCAGAGGGGACGUGCCCGCUGUGGCCAAUGGACCCCCGGGGGCAGCCACUGCACCUCCCGGGACCCCCACCCGCCGGCACCCGCUGCCCUAUCCCUCCCUGGUGCCCCCUGCUUCCUGCCCCUCUGUCUCCUCCUGACCUGCCUUCUCCCUACAUCCCUCCUUCACUUACUCUCUGUUUGGCUCUCCUCCUCUUUUUCUCCUCUUCUUUUUCUUUUUUCUGCUUUUUUCUUUUGGCUUUUUUCUUUUGUUCUUCUAUGUCACUUUUCCUUCUCUUUUCUUAUUUUCUUCAUUUUCCCAUUUUUCUUCUUUUCCUCUUCUUUUUUUCUUUUCCUUUCUUUUUAACUCUUUUUCUCCUGCCUUCUAUUUUCCUCUUUCUUCCUUUCCUUUUUUUCACCUCUUUCCCUUUGUUUCUCUUUUCCCCUCUCUUUCCCUCUCCUCUGUUUUCUUUCCCCCGGGCGCAGGCGGGUGGCCCCAGCUGCAGCAGGAGAGGACGGUGCCAGCAGGGCUGUGGCAGCCAUGGAGCACCCAGAGCACCAGGAGUGAGGGGCCCUGGCCCCAUUCCCCCCAGCUGCCUGCUUGGGGCCAGCACAGCUCAGCCUCAUUCCAGGGGGCAGAAGCAAUGGGCUGGGGGUGGAGGAGGGGGAAGAAGAAGUGGGGGACAUGUGAGAGGGUGGGGGGCUGCGGGUAAAGGCACUGCAAUCCCCUCUGUCUAGGAGGGACACCAAGGUGCAGGGACUGAGGAUGCUGAACGUCCACUUUGCCCCCCCUCACAAGGAUCACUUGGGACCGCCCUGCAAACCCCCUCGGUCUCCCUCAGCACCCACAGACCCUGUGCAGGGUCUGCUCAGAGGUGGCUCCAGGCACAGGAGGUUUGGCUCAGACCCCCAAGCAAAGCAGCUGAUUUCUGCCGGCGGCUGGAGGAAAGCACAACCCCCCGGCCCCCCGCUGUACAUAGCCCCCGCCGCCCCGCUGUCUGUCGCAUCGCAGCCCCUCAGCCCUCCCCCUUAGGAAUAACAAUUUAGUUCUUCCCCUUUCCCCUUCUCCUGCCCAGAACCACUGAGGCCAAGUGACAAAUGUUUGGGUUUGAGGGGGGGGGGGGGGGGUGUGUCUCUUAUUUUGUACAGAAAACAAAAAUUCUUUGGAAAAGAAAAAAAACUGACCUGUCUUUCGACUGAAGUAACUUUUCUGGUGCUGUUGUUAACUUGGUCCUUAUUUCUUUUUUUUUUUUUUUAAUUUAUUUUUCCCCUUGUGUUCCCACCUCUGCCGCCGCUUCCCUUCUCCCUGUCCCUCUGCCACAUUUUCUUUCAUUCCGUCUUUUCUUUUCUUUUUUUUUUUUUUUAAUUAUUAUUUUUUUUUCUGGUGGUAAUUAUCCUCUUUCCCCCCUCCCCCGUUUUCCAUAGUCACUGCUACAAGUAACGAAUGCACUGUGAAGAUUCCAGUAUUAAUAAAGGUUGUACUGUAAUUAA